GUGUGGUAUUCUUGUGACAUUGAAUUGUUUUGUUUAUUCUACGGCAAGCUACGAUUGCAAAUAAUUCAGGUGGUAAUCAAAAUGGCGAGAAUUUAAGAUGGCGGACAUUAUAUACUCUUCUCCAAUGAUAAAUCUGCUUAUUUUUGCAAAGUAGGCAACAUUUUGUGCGUUGUCUUCAUUGUAGUCACAAGUUGAAAGCAUUUAGUUGCGUUUAGUGAUUGUUUGUUAGCUGCUCGCGGCAUUUAAUCGACAUUGGCGCAUUUUGCUCUCGAUACCCAGAUCGCCGCUGCAAGAAGUGGGUGAGACCGUUUAGAAAGUAUUAUUCUGCGCGAUAAGCGCACGACACUCAGCGACACACAAUUACAGAAUCUUUUUAGAUUCACCACUUGCUCGACGAAAUUGUUUUGCGGGCUGGAAUCCAACACCAGCUUGCCAACACGUUGUUUGGGCAAUUAAACGAAAACAAAACUUCAUGUAUAAAUUACUGCGAUGGUCGCCAUCCAGUCAUAUCUCUUGUACUCGUCCAACGGAAAAGAGAUUUCAAAAUGUUGGCGAAAAUCGUAUGCUUGGGAGCCGUGCUCGCGGUGGCCUACGCCUCCUGCGACAAAGACACCAUGCGUCCAAUUGAAUGGACCGGAGGUAACUACGAAUGGCCCUGCGGCGCCACCAAGAAGAUCUACGUGAGCUCCGGCAAGUACCUGCCCAAGAACGUGAUCGCCACCCGCGGCCAGAUCUACCACGACGACCUCAUCGUCGCCUUACCACGUUUCAAACCAGGUGUACCAGCUACACUUGCCAAGGUGUCUUUGAAACAGAAGGGUUGCGAAGCUACUUUGACCCCAUUCCCAUGCUGGUCCUCCCAGGACGAAACCAGCCCUGAUGGUUUCAUCAACAUCGUUGAUUUGUUCCUUGACAACCAGGACAUCCUCUGGUGUUUGGAUAUUGGUGUGACCAACACUUUGGAAUCACCAAUCCGUCGUGCUCCACCAAAGGUCAUCGCCAUCUCCAUGAAAACCGGAAAAUUAUUGAAGACACUUAACUUGUCUGGACUUGUAGCUCAAGCCUCUCGUCUGCAAUACGUCGUUGUAGAAUACUCUCAAGAUGGUCGCCCAUUCUGUUACAUUUCCGACGCCGCCACCCGCUCCAUCCUUGUCUUCGACAUUGCAGGCAACAAGGGUUACCGCGUUGUCCUCCCUAAGGCUGUUGUAGCCGGCGCUAACCGUCGUGAUGUUUUAUACAUUGCUCUCAUCCGCAAGCAGUGCCGCAAUCACUACCUGGUCUUCACCUACCUAUCCUCCGGCCGCAUGUUCCAGAUCCGCACUGAUUACCUCCGCUCUGGAUCCGCCGCUGGCCGCGUGCAGGACCUCGGUCCCAAACCCGACAAACUGGUCAUCCUCGGCAAUGAUCUCGGCGCUGCCUUGUUCUUCCGUUAUGAAGGACACCCAGAGGUCUACAGAUGGGACUCCAACACACCGUUCUGCAAGGAUAACUUCCAGGUGGUCUACAAGAGCCCCAACUGCCUGCUGGCCACGCACGCCAUGGCUGAUUUGAGGCGUCAACGCAUCCGGGUGUUGGAAUCCAACUUCCCCGACUUCAUUCAGAACACUGUCGGAUGUGGUGCCGUCCAGCAGGUCAACCUGAUGUCGGGCAGCUGCAACUGAGGCGUUAUCUGUGAUCCAGUUUUAAAUG